AUGCGAGCAGAAGUACGUUUGCGGAUUUCGCUAGGCAUCUACUCUUUGCCGAGUGCGUCGUUCAGUGCGAAGAUGCGCACAUACCUUGCAGACAAAAUAGCUUGGAUGAUAUAUGGUGUCAAAAAUGUGCGAAUACAUCUAUCUAUCUAUCUAUCUAUCUAUCUAUCUAUCUAUCUAUCUAUCUCAUUCUUUUCAAAUUUAUUUAAUUCUGAACACAUCUAUCUAUCUAUCUAUCUAUCUUUUUCAUUCUGUUCUAAUCUAUCUAUUCUGUUCAAAUCUAUCUAUCUAUCUAUCUAUUUAUCUUUUUCAUUCUGUUCUAAUCUAUUUAUUCUGUUCAAAUCUAUCUAUCUAUCUAUCUAUCUAUCUAUCUAUCUUUUUCAUUCUGUUCAAAUCUAUCUAUUCUGUUCAAAUCUAUCUAUCUAUCUAUCUAUCUAUCUAUCUAUCUAUCUAUCUAUCUCAUUCUUUUCAAAUUUAUUUAAUUCUGAACACAUCUAUCUAUCUAUCUAUCUAUCUUUUUCAUUCUGUUCAUCUAUUCUGUUCAAAUCUAUCUAUCUAUCUAUCUAUUUAUCUUUUCAUUCUGUUCUAAUCUAUUUAUUCUGUUCAAAUCUAUCAUAUCUAUCUAUCUAUCUAUCUAUCUAUCUUUUUCAUUCUGUUCAAAUCUAUCUAUUCUGUUCAAAUCUAUCUAUCUAUCUAUCUAUCUAUCUAUCUAUCUAUCUAUCUAUCUAUCUAUCUAUCUAUAUCGGAUACAUUGUAGAUCUUUCAUCUAUCUAUCUAUCUAUCUAUCUAUCUAUCUAUCUAUCUAUCUAUCUAUCUCAUUCUGUUCAGAUCUAUCUAUCUAUCUAUCUAUCUAUCUAUCUAUCUAUCUAUCUAUCUAUCUAUCUAUCUCAUUCUGUUCAGAUCUAUCUAUCUAUCUAUCUAUCUAUCUAUCUAUCUAUCUAUCUAUCUCAUUCUAUUCAAAUCUAUCUAUCUAUCUAG